UGUAAGAUUUGGGAUACAAACCCAUCCAUUUUUCUCCGGCGAUGGUCGGAGACGAAACCCAAUCGCCGGAUCUCCAACCGCUUCUACUCCUCCGGAAACCCAUCGCCUUCUUGCUCUCCUCCCUCUCCACCCACUUCCACCUCCUCAAACCCUGGGAAUCCCCUUUGCCUCUCCCAGCCUUCCUCUCCACCCACGCAACCACCGUCCAAGCCCUCCUCAUCACCGGCCUCGCCCCUGUCACCGCUGCCAUUCUCGAUAGCCUUCCAUCACUCGGAUGCAUCGUCACCACCAGCGUUGGUGUCGACCACAUCGACCUCCUCGAGUGCGCCCGCCGUGGCGUCGCCGUCGCCAAUGCCGGUUCUGUCUUCUCCGAUGAUGCUGCUGACUACGCUGUUGGUCUCUUGAUCGAUGUUCUCCGGAGAAUUUCAGCCGCCGAUGGGUACCUCAGGCAGGGCCUUUGGACCCUCGCCGGAGAUUAUCCUCUCGGAUCUAAGCUGAGUGGCAAAAGGAUUGGGAUCAUAGGCCUGGGAAGCAUUGGCUCCAGAGUUGCCAAAAGGCUUCAAGCUUUCAGCUGUACAAUCUCAUACAACUCCUUGACAAUGAAACCAUCAGUCCCAUAUAAAUUCUACCCGAAUGUUUGUGAUCUUGCAAGCAACAGUGAUGCUCUAAUUGUGUGUUGUGCUCUGACCAGCAAAACACAUCAUAUCAUCAACAAAGACGUAUUAUCAGCGCUCGGAAAACAGGGCAUCAUAAUCAACAUAGGGAGAGGUGCACUGGUUGAUGAAGAGGAUUUGAUCAAAUGUUUGAUGAAUGCGGAUAUAAAAGGUGCAGGUCUUGAUGUGUUUAAGAAUGAGCCAUUGGUGCCCAAGGAGUUACUCUCAAUGAACAAUGUUGUGCUUUCCUCUCACUCUGCAGUUAACACUGAAGAGAACAUUUUGGACCUUUAUCAGCUGAUCAUUGCUAACUUCGAAGCUUUCUUUGCCGGUAGACCUUUGAUUAGUCCUGUUUCAGCUUGAGAUGUAUGUACUUCUUCUGUGUUAGCUUUUUCACAAUAACUUUACCGACAUCACUGUGUUGGAUAACUAAUUGUAUCGGUCUUUUUUGGCUUCGAGGUAAUUGGAACAGGAUUAAAGGUACCCCUACUUGAUUGUAUAUUUGUAUUCUAUUUAGUACUAAGAUUGUAUGUACUUAUGUAUUACCCUUUUCAUGUUAAAUUUACUGACAUCACUAUGUUGGAUAACUAAUUGUCUUGGUUUUUU